AUGGCGCUACAAGAAGUCACGAACGCCGUCAUCAGGCGUAUGCAAUCAUCUCAAACACCUCUCAAACAGGCAUGGAAACUCCAAUGUCUGAGGAAAUACGCGACGGGCAAUGUGCAAAAGGAGUUGGGCGAGCUGGAAGAGUCUGUCCAUCAAGCAACACCAUCGGAAGCAGCUGGCAAGAUGAUGUCGCAAUACAAUCCGGCUAAGAAUGCGAAGCUGAGGAAGGAACAGUUACCAUCUAGCAGAUACCAGUUUCGGCCUCCUAGAUACUACCGCGGCCCUCUUCACCCCCAUCAACCGCUGCCUUCCUCCGAUCCAGCGUCUCGCGAAUUCAUCCCCGGUCCUUUCUCGCUUCCGCGCCUUCAACAGACCUACGAGUCUACCAUUGCGCCCGAUGUGAUGACCCUCACUUAUCAGCACUACCCACCUGGCUUCGAGAGACCACAAAAGGGGGAGCGAUUGAGAGAAUGGGUGGGAGACUCGCCAUACUUCAAGAACAGACCGCGUCGUGGGCCGCGAGGAUACGAUGUGCUGCCUUUGCUUAGGAAGCCGAUUACUUUCAGGAACAUCCCAAAGUUGGAGAGAGUCACGGUGCAUACGAUGUUGAAAGGCGCGGCGGAUGAUAGCGCGUAUCUACACGUUGCCGGGAUGAUUGUACAGAAUAUCAGCAAUGUUCGCGUGACGACUCAUGCUGUCAAAAAGAGCGUGGCCGGUUUUGGGUUGCGAGCCGGAAAACACGUGAGUGUCACGUCUGAGCUUUACGGCGAGGACAUGUACCAUUUCCUCAGCAAGGUCGUGGACGUGGUCAUGCCCAAGAUCAAGGAUUACAAGGGCGUCAAGGGCAGUUCUGGAGAUUCCUCAGGCCACAUCUCUUUCGGUUUUACGCCCGAAGAAGUCGCCUUAUUCCCCGAGGUGGAGGUCAACUACGACAUGUAUCCACCCAAGAUGAUCCCAGGCCUGCACGUGACGGUGCACACGUCUGCGACGACGGACUACGAUGCACGAAUGCUGCUACAAGCCAUCGGCGUACCCUUUUAUGGCAAGAUGGUCGACUAG